GUAUUUUGUUUGAAAUUGAGUUAAGGUCGCCUUGACAACGAAUUUAGUGAUUUACUGAAGAAAUUGUUUGAUUAUUACUAUGAAUCUACCAAAUUAUGGAUGAUUCCCAUAAAUUAACAUCAGAAACAGCCGAUGGCAAGAACUUUCUUCCGGAUGUCGUGCAUUCCCAACAGAUUCCCGCGCUAGCAUCAGCCGGCAACGAUAACCAAACCGGAGAUAAUACAUCAUUCCAAAACUUGGAAGGCGACAAUAUUCAACAUGCCGUUGGCGACACCGAUUCGGAAUCCAUAUCAGAACAUUUACCUUCUGGAGUUGAUGAAUCUGUUGAUGACUCCCUUGAUGUUACCAAUAGUAAUGAAACUCAUGACUUACUCAAAGUCCAAACGGAACAAGAGAAAGAUUUGAGAAGUGAUGUAAAUGUUGAGUUUCCCCACUCACUCACCAGUGAGAACCCUAGUGUCAAUGAACCAAGUAAACAGAGUUCAUCAGAACCCCUGGAUGUCAAUGCGAUUUCUGACAUGCAUUUAAUAAGCGAAGAAAGUCCUGUAAACUUAGCACUAUCUUCAGAUAUCUCCAAAGAACUGGAAACACAAGAGACAAAGUCACAGUCCCCGGCAGAUACACCUCAGAUAAGUCAACCAGUAACACCUGAACUGUCUCCAAGAGAGGACAAAUAUGAUGAUUCUUUGAAUGAUGACUUGAGUUUAAAACAAUUAUCCAAUACAGAUAAUUCAUUAGAGAAGUUUAGCAAUUCCCUUGAACAGAAUGCAGAAUCCCUAGAAGUCCAAAGUUCAGGGUCAGAGGAGAUAAUAAAAUUAGAUAUAAGAGGUCAAGGUGUGCCAAAGUUUUCUGUACCAACAGCAAAAAUAAUAUUUGGGCCUCCGCCUGAAGGGAGCACUGUUAUUGGACCAGAUAUAGAAGCGAUUCCAGUUUUUCCAAAGCUCCUAUCGCCAUUCCUAGUUGGUUCAGGGGAUAAUGUUAAGGUUGAAGAAAUAUUCGAUUUUGAUGAAGAGCAACCAAAAGAACCAUCUCCAGAAAAGUCAUUAUCAUCGUCAUCAGACAAGAGUUUAAGUGACAAAAUAGAGCAGAAUGACUUGUUGAUUGAGGAAAUUGUUAUUGAGGAUGAUGCUAAAGACAGUGUUAAAGAUGAUCCAUCGUUAACGCCUCAGAAAUCUUUAGCACCGGAGGAUGUUUCCCUCAGUACUUUGACUACAGAUUAUAAGACGAUAUGUGAAGAAUAUCAUGAAAAGCUUGUGCAUUUCGAAGAUGCUAUCACGCAACGCGACGAACUAAUCGAAGAACUGACCGUCUCAUUGCAGAGAUCGGUCCGGGAACGCGAUGAGAUCAAACUGGAAAACGAGCAUUUAGUAAACGAAGUUCAGAACUUGCAACAUAUCGUGGGUGAAAUGUCCCAGUCUGACCACGAUACUGUAAAGGGACAGUUGUCUGAUUUCAUGAAAUACCAAACCAUGGUUAAAGAUGAUAGUACGAAAUUUUAUUCAGCUUUAAUGAGUGGAGGCUCGUCUUUACAAAGUUCUAACGGUGAAAAAGACAUGGAAAAUGAGGAAAUAACGGUGAACUAUUCCAAAUCGGAUUUGAAGUCUUCCGAGUCAUCUGAUGACUUCCAGACUGGGUUUGAGAGUAAAUUGACAAUGGUGAUGAAUAAGUUUGACGAAUAUAUUGAAGAGAAUUUGAGGAAUAAACUCAGGGAGAGUUUGAUACAGGUUUUGUGUGAUGAAAUUGGUAAGAUUCGUAUAGAGUCUGAUACAGAGGUUAAGGAGUUGGAAGCUCAGAUUCAACAAGACAAACAUUCAUAUGCUGUGGAGAUCAGACGGAUUAGAGAGUUGCUAUCGUCUGUCAAGGCCGGGAAUGCGGAUAUAGACGCGUUGCGAGAAGAACUCAGUCUAAAACACGAGAAAGAGAUGGAGAAUUUGAGGACGUAUUUUGAAAAGAAAUGCUGCGACAUGGAGAGAAGCUAUUCGGAAGAGGUGUGGCGCGGCCGCGCGUGCGCGUCGCGCAGCUCGCUGUCGUCGCCCGAGCCGCUCGGCGCGGGCGGCGACUGCGUGCGCAGGCGCGCCCGGAGCGCGGAGUUCCCGUCCUUGUCUCUGGAGUCCACUCCACUGGAACAAGCUCUAAAGCAGACCUGCAAGAAGUACGAGCAGCAAAUAGAAGAGCUGAAGGUGGAACACCUGGCUUACGUCAGCGAGCUGCAAACCACACAUCGGGAGACCAUCGUCUCGCUGGAGGACCAGAUAACGCAGUUGAAAGCUCUCAUACACACUUCGGAGAACCCUGAAGGGAAUGUGUCAGUUUACCAACAGGACAUUGAUUUGGAACUCGAAAAGAAACGGGAGGCGGAGCUUGAGAAAAAACUCGAUGAAGUCAGGAAGGAAGUGGUGCAACAGUUGCAAGAACAGAUACAGGUGCUGCUCUCGGACCCUGACGCGGAGGUGUCGAGCUGGCCCGUGGAGCUGGUGGCCCUGAGGGACAAGAUCCAGGGGGACGCCCGAAGCCAGGAGAAAGAGCUGUCGAGCCUCCGCGACGAGCUUUCGGAAGACAAAUGGAAACAGCGCCGCAACAUCAGCUUCGACCAGAACAGGCAUCUUGAGGAGGUCACGAAGGAGAGGGAUGGGCUGAAACGCGUGGCGGUGAGUCUGCACCGCGUGGUGGGGCAGCUGGUGGCGUACUGCGCGACCGCCGAGGACGAGCUGAACAGGACCGUGGUGGCGCAGCUGCUGCACCGGCUCGUGAGCUGUGACAACGACGAAACAUUCUGUUCCGAAGACUCCCGGCCGGCGACUCCAAACAUCUCCGAUCUCAACCUAUCCUCCAGCCUGGUUUCCCGAGGGAAGCACGUGCAUUUCGCCCCGGAUCUCAACUCUAUCCUGGCGGAGUUGGACGACGAAGGAGUGGUUGGCUUUCUUCAGGAACAACGGGAUUUGAGCUUGGACAUCAAGAAGGAGUUGGAGAAUUCCUUAAAAAGGCUAAGGGUUGAGGCUCACGAGUUGCUAGAACUGUCUUCUAGAUUGAGCAAAACCCGCAACGAGUCCAAGAUGAUCGACGCCAACCCAGUGCAGAUCAGCGAGCUCGUUCAAGACUACGACACGAAGACGUGCGACAACUGCGACACUCACAGGAAGACGAUGGAAGAAGCGAUGGCGGAGUGUUUGCAUCGCGAGAAUCUGCUCAGGUCGGACCUAGAAGCCGCCAUGAUGAAGAUAGCUCAUCUCAUGACCGAGCGACCCUCCACCGAUGUUAUAGCCGAGGGCUACGGCACGGGCUGCCCGCAGCCGGCCGCGUGCGCGCGCGCACGCGCCGCGCCGCCGCGCUCGCCCGACGCGGCGCUGCGGCAAGACGUCGACGUGCUGCAGCGGGAGAGGGACGAUCUGCAGCAGCAGUUGGAAGCGGCGAACCGGCAGCUGCGCUCGACGCGGCAGUUCGUGGAGGAGCAAGCGAGCGAGCGCGAGGCCGAGAGAGACGAGUUCGCGCGCAGGCUCGCCGACCUCCGCCAGGACAACCUGCGGCUCAGCGCGCGGCUGCAGAGCAACGCUCGGAUCCUCAGCGAGAUGUACCGCUUGCGGACGCACUGCGACUGUCGCAAACAGCACGCAUACGUGGAGCAACUGGAAGCCCAAACUCGCGAGAUGAACCAAAUAAUAAAUGAGCUUGAAACUCGCAAAGCGUCUUCAGACGAGGAAUUAAAAGCUACAGAAGAGAAGAUUACCCUUCUCCGAGACAUCAUCGCCAACUUGGAGAGUCAACUGGAACAGAAGACCAAUCACGAGGCGGAGAUUAUGCAGCAGUUAGAGGAGAUGAAGAAGACUAUAGAUGAGAGAGAUGGCAAGAUGAGGGCCGUGCUCGGGGAGUUGGAGUCGCUGAAGAGCGAACAAGCGGAGCAGAGUGAUGUCAUGUGUGUGAAGUGUGGCCAGGAGGAGGAUAAAUAUUCGGAGUUGAUGGAGAAGAUUAAGGAACAGUGCGCGUGUAUAGAGGAUCGCAUCCACCGCCGCACUCAGCAGCUGCAGCGCUCGCACGAGGUGUGUUCAGCGGCCUGCAGCGAGCCCAGCGAGGACGUCUCUAUACGGGACCAGAAGAAUGCUGGAGCGGAGGUGUUUCCCCUCCAACAGCCCACGUCCCCAGACGUGUCCCCCCCCAGCCCCCGCGCGGGCGAGCUGGCGGGCGUGUGGGAGUGCCUGCUGGCGCAGUGGCGCGCCGAGGACGCGGCGCUCAAGCGCAUCGCCGACCUGGAGAUGCAGCGGGAGCAGCUCAGGAACGUAGCUCAGGAGGUGCGGGCUGAACGCGAUGUCCUCCAAGCGCGGAUGUCGGAGCAAGCGCUGAAGAUAUCAUCCUUAUCAGCGAGGCUCCAGCAGCAGAGGAACGACGCGGAGGCCCUGGCCCACCACGCCGCCAGCCAGCUGUCUGUGCAGCUGCACGAUGCUAAAGCUGAGGUCCAGCGGAUGAAAGAAGAGUUGGAAUCCAAAGACAAGCAGCUGGCGCGGCUCAAACAGAAUUCAGAGGAGAGGGACAAGUUGAACGAGCAACAUCACACGCUCUACGGGAACUCAUGCAAUCCGAAAGACAAAGUGAUAAUAUUAGAACGCGAGCUAUCAUCAGCUCAGAGCCGCAUCGCUCAACUGGAGUCGCUGGUGCGAGGUCUCGAAGCUGACAAAGAUGAGUUGCAGGCCGCUGUCAGGGACCAACGCAGGGAGCUGGCGGAGAAGGAGGAUCAGCUACAAGAGCUCAUGGCUCUAAAAUUAGAAGAUGAAAACCAGAAAGACGAUAAGAGUGAAUUUAUUGAAGGGAAAACUUCAGCUCGAACGCUGAGCGACAUCGUUUCUAUAUCUGAAUUUGACGAGCAAGAUUUACAGAUGAGACGGGCGGAAUUAAAGGCUCAUAAUAUGAGCUUAUCCGGUGCUCCGUACGCCACUGAAGUUAAAGAAAAGAGUCAGUUGAACAGGACGUUGCCCCCGGAACUACAUAGAGCGAAUAUGAGCUCUUUGAACAUAGAUGCCGAUCACUAUGACGUUCAACACACGCCGAGAGCCGAUUCCCUCCCAACACAUCUCACAUCGACACAAAACAAAGAUGUGCUCAAACAAUUCAAACGUAAUGUCAAUGAAACUACUAUGUUUGGGACAAUAGACAAAUUUGGAGACAGUGUCAAACAUUCUACAGCGCAAAACAUACCAGAUAACUGCUCGUUAUAUCCCAACAGAGAAAUUAAUGAUAGCAAAGAUUUGAGCGUUGAACCUAAAAAGAUUGACUUCUCUAUCGAGCCGUCUAAAGACAAUAGAUCACAUGAAGAAGAAGAAGAAUUCACUUCACUAAGAGAAUUAGGAAUCACGUUGGAUAUUAAACAAGAGAAUUUCCCUGAUAUAUUAACUCAGUUGAAACACGAAAUUAAGAAAUCUAGGACCGAGUUGGAAAAUUGUAAAUCGGAGUUAAAGAAUGCUGAAGAACAGCUUUGUGAAUUCCCAGCUCUGAAAGAGGAGGUCGAAGAACUGAAAGGAUUAUUGGAAAACACUAUGGCUACAAUGGAGAAUGACAAAAAGUUCUAUGAAAACCAGUUAGAAAAUUUCUCUUCCAACAAAAAAUUACUAGAACAAAGAGUAGCCGAGCUAUCAAAGGAAGUGAAUGAUAAAUCCAAAGAUUUGCAUUUGCUCAAAGAAGAUAUUUUGAGGCGAGAAAAUAUGAUAUUGGAACUCGCUAAAGAGAAACGUAAUUUGACAAACAAACUCACUGAACUAGAAGUUAAAAUUGAUGAAGUUAAAAGUAGGAAUUCUUCAUUGGAAAAGAGUGAGUCGGAAAACCAUCAAUUGAGAGAGAAAUUAAACGAACUCAAUAAGUUAGAGCAAUUAGUAUCAGAGAAGAAUCAACAAAUAGAUAGUUUAAAUCAGCACUUAGAUAGAUUUGACGAUUUACAAAGGUGUCUCAAUGAUAAAACCGAACAAUUUGAGAAUUUGAAAGAGGCUUUCGAAGAAAAAUCUAAUGAACUGUUCCAACUGCAAGACACAGUCGAAGCGCUGACUCGUGAUUUGAACGUAGCUAAGGAAGAAAAUAAUAAUUUAAUUACAAACAAUAAUGAAUUGAAACUCAAAUUGACGAAACUGGAAAAAGAACAAGAGAAUGCGUCGAUCAAGUUGCAUAAUAGCGAGAGCGAGUUGGAACGGUUAAACUCGUUAAACAACGAACUGACUUUGAAAAUAGAAGAAUUGAAAUUGCUAACGGACAAAUUGAAAGACAAGGAGACGGAAAUAGAAAUCUUGCAUGAAGAUAUAAACAGUUUUCAUGAGGAAGUGGCGAGUUUGAAGGAGCAGUUGAAGAUGGUGUCUCGUAGCCCUUCCCCUAGAAAUAAGGCAGGGGAGGGGGAGGGAAGGAAGGAGAGGAACGCUUCUAGUGAUAAGAAACAGCUGGUCAAGAUAAGGAAGCAGAUUUCUUUGCUGCAACACGAAUUGGACUUUAACAAGAAAGAGCUCAAUGAUAAGGCAUUUGAGCUAGCCAAAGCGAAGCUGGACAUAACUGAACUGAAAAACAACUUGGGACUGUCCACCAAGCAAAUUGUUGAGAGAGAAACGGACAAUAACGAAUUGAGACAACGAAACGAGACUCUUAAACUGGAAUUAGACAAACUCGCUGCUGAAAAACGACAAUUGAAUGAGCAACUCGCUGUUCUGGCGGCUAGAAUGCGAGAAGAAUCCAAUGUCGCCGAGUUGAAAGCCAAGCUCCAGGCUAAAGUCAGCCGUUGCGAGGAACUGGAAAUGGAGGUGCAAGAUUUGAGGGAACUGAUGGAAAGGAUGGGUGACCACAGGAGUCUGGUGCAGGGGAAUGCUAUGGUGGUGUCGGCGCGGGGCGGCGCUCGCUCGCCCACCGCGGAACUCGAGAGGGCGCUGAGGGACCAGCUGAAUUACAGCCAUACCCUGGACGAGGAUAUCAUGGAACAGAUUCUUUCUGCGAGUAGCGACGAUCGUGACGAUAUACCAAGGCUGGCUUUGAAUACGUCAAAGUCAUCGAGUUCAAUACACUCGUCAUCGUCAGAACGCAUCCACCGGCUGAGAGCGGAGAAUGAGAAACUGCAGCUCCAACUCAACAACUUGGAAUCUAGACUUCAAGAUAAAGACGCGCUCAUCACGGAGCUGAAUAGGAUUCGCGACAAGCUGGCGCUGGAGAGCCAGGCGAGCCUCCUCCGCUACGAGGCGGAGAGAGACAACUCCGCGCGGCUACAGCUGCUGCUCGACACGCAUAAAGACACGGCUGACAGUUUACAGCACCAAGACUCCAACAUGAUACAGAUCCUGAAGAAACGCCUGGAGUGUUCCAUGCAAUCCGAGUUGGAACUGCAACAAAGGGAACAAGAGUUGAGAGCUCGCGUGACGCAGCUGGAGAGACAAAUGCUGGACGACGCCAAACACGCGGACAGACUUGUGCUGCAGAACCAGAUGGACAACAACGAGCGUCUGAAAGGCGAGAUCAGCCUGUUGAAAUCCAAGCUGGAGGUGGAACGCACUCGUCACGGCGACCUUCAAGCCAUGCUGGAGCACAGCAGGCUGCAAGCCCAGCGGGAGAUCGACGUGAGGAGCGAGGCCUGCACCGCCCUAAGGGGGGAACUGGCUGAUACCAAGAGACAAAAACACGAGAUCAGCGUUGAACUGCUCCGAGCCAGAGAACUCCUCGCCGCCAAGACGGCCAGCGUCGCGGAGCUGCAGCGGAAGCUGGACGCCGCGGGCAGACGGGCGCACAUCGAUGAUGCUUUGUCCGAGAUCGAAGGCCACAAGAGCGAGCUGAGCCGCGAGAUAGCGGGCCUGAAGAAGAGCCUCGCCGACGGCGCGGGCGCCGAGUUGGCCGCGCUGCGCGACGAGCGGCGCCGCCUGGAGCUGCUGCGGCGGCAGCUGGCCGACAGGGACCAGGCCCUCCGCUAUCUCCACGGUCGCUGUCUUCGCCUGGAAAGCUGUCGCAAAGCGCUGGUCUGGCAGAAACGCUACCUCCAACGCGUGUUGGCUGGCUACGCUGAACUGGAGAGAACUUUACGGUUACCAACUAGAGUGGAACGCAGCACUGGAAAAAAGAGGUUCAAAUGCGUGGCCACGGCGGUGACGAUCGUGCUCCGCAUGGGGUUCCUGGUGCGGCGCCGCCAGCACGCGCGCGCGCUCGCCGCCAGCGCCGUGCUGCGCGCGCCCGCGCCCGCCGCUGCGCACGCGCACAGUAACACGCCCGUCAACCCGCUCCAGUCCACCUCGCCGCCGUCCCGCGAGCGCCCCGACGCGGCGCGGCGGCUGCUCAAGCACGAACUCCGGCUCAACCUGCCGCCUUCGCCUUCUCUCAUCGGUGGCGAGUUUGUCCGUCGGUCACCCUACACCAACUCGCCGCGUGAAGAUCCUUUUAUAUUAAGUUCGCCUCGCGGAGAAGUAGCGUCAGCAUACCUCAACAAGUUGGAACUUGUGAGCCGUUGUCUCAACCACGCCAUGGACAACGCCAAGGAAGAGCCCUGAGCGACAUUCAGGACGCGACAGGUUGCGACAAGUUGCUACAGGUUGCGAUUAUAAGCGACGUUACUUAAGUUUCUCUGCGAACGGUACGUGUCGGGCUUUAACAGCUUAAUUGAAGAAGUAGUUGAAAUUUAAGGGGGUGAAGCAUGUCGAUGUAUUGACAUUAUAUCCUCAUAAUAGACUUGAUAUUUGAAAAGAAACGUGAUUUUUUCACAAAUUAAAUUAAAAUAGUAAAUAUACAGAUUGUACCAAUUACAAUGUUGUUUGUAAAUCUUGAAUUAUUUGUGAUAUAGCGUAAUAACAUGCUGUCUGUCCAAAAUCAGUCUCGAUGCGUACCUGCAUUUAGAUAUAUGGUAUGAUUUUUCCAUGCAUUUCCUAGCGUUGGCCAAUGAAAGUAUUAGACUAGUGCCAAACGAAACGAAUAUUUGUGUUACUUAAUUUAUUUUAGCUGUAAUCUAGGUUAUAAUGAACGGAGUACAUGAUUCCAAUGUUUUCAUGAUUGUUGCCACUCCGCCUAUUUGUUUUUUUUUUAUUAUUAUUUCGUGAGGAAGUGAAUGUUAAACUUUUUUCGAGUUCGCUGCGUUUUUUUUUUCAAAUUCGAAGUAUUUAUAAAUUAGUGCGUGCAGUUAUUACUUUAAAAAUUUUUUUCUACAAAUCGCCCUUGGCUGGUAUUUAAGGACAUAAUUUCUAUGAAAUAUUGUCGCUAGUGAUUUAACAAAAAAAAAAUCUUAGUAAAUAUAUUUUUUUGAAGAUCACGCAGCGAAACGUAAAGGUAUUAUUGUAGUCGGUACAUAUAUUUAAUGUCUAGACACCGCGUGUCGUCCGAACUUGCCUUAAUACGAAUUUUUUAACAGUUUCAAUGUACAGAUAUAUUUUGUAGACGUAUUUAGACGUAGUUUUCAAAACUUAUUUAUUUCAUGUACAUAAUGCCCUCUCGUUGACGAACAUUUUAUUAUUGACAUAUCUGUAACCUUUUCAGGUCUAUGUAUGCAAUAGUGUAAUUUUUGAGAAUGUUGUUCGGUAUAUUUGUGGAAUUUUCACAUUACGUAGAUUAUAUUAUUUAGAUUUAAUAAAAUAUGAAGCUCCUGUAUUGACGUAAUAUAGCUUUUAAUCAAAAAAUACCUCUUACGAGUUUUAUGAGCUUACUUCAUUGUCUAAUCUAAAAAUUAAUAAAGAGCAAUAAAAUUAUCUACAUUCUGUAUCGAAGCCCAGUUUGUAUGAAAUUACCGCUAAUAAUUUUAUUAAAAUUUUAUUUUCUGUGAAUUCACGCCAUUCAUGUCAAUACGGGGGCGAGCACUAGUUAAUAAGGCACGCGAGCACAAAUCCAAGCCAUCUAUUAGUAUUAUUAAUUAGAGAUUAAGGUCCGGACGCACGGAAGUACAAUUUAGUUAUAGAAUAGGGACGCGAACCGAGCCGACCGACCGCAUAUUGUGACGACAAGCGGGCGUGUGUUCAUUUCUUUAAAAAAAAAAACAUUUUUAUUGGUUUACUUAGUAAUUUUUUUUUUUGAAAUGCAGUUUUUAUCGUAUUUUUAUGAGAAUAAAUAUCUAUUGUUUCAAUUCAAAAUUUGAAAGAAAAAACCGAUUGCUGAAAAAUUCCAUUCUCGUUAUUCAAAUUGAGAACGUAUUUUUUACAAAUUUUUUUAAAGAACGGUGCACACGUUUCCGCGAGAGUUUUUGUAAAACAUCCGUCAUUAUUAAAUUUUUUAUUACUUUUUUUUAUAAUUAUUAAAUGAAUUAAUCAAUAAUAACGGUUGUUGUUUAACGAUGGACAAUAUUGUGUAAGCCAAAGCUAACGAAAGUAUUACGAAAGCUGUGUUUUUUUUUAUAAACGAUUCCAUAUUUUUCAUAGUCUUUCGCACUUUAAAUAUUAUUGCGACUCGAAUAACGUACAACUUUUAAGUUUUCUAGCACAAGUAUUUUAUUAAAUAUCAAAAAAAAGUCCUAACCAGUUGCGAUAGGGAUUAUUACAGACAGAAAUUUAAUUAAGUUCAACUUAGACACAUUUUUUGCUUAGAUUAAAAAUACUUUAAUUAGUGUGUACGGAACACACUAAUUAAAGUAUUUUUAAUCAAUUAAGGUACUUCCAAAAAUAUUUAACAAUAAAUCAAGUUUUUUUUUUUUACAGAAAAGUAGACAAUGUUUUCAGAGCACUGAAAAAGAAUAGGUAUUACAAUUUUUGUAACGUAUCUCAAGUAAAACGUCAGUCCUGUAAUUCAAGGAUUCUGAAAAUGUUAUUUAAUGUUUUUUAAAGUCACAUUAGUUUUACUUUAGAGGUGUCUUAAAAAAAAUAUAAGUAUCAUGAGCACAUGCUAACUUAUAAAUUCAAAUUAACACAACAAUAAAAUAGGUAACAAAAAUUUUUGGUAGGUACUUAUUUGAAAUAGUAAAUAAUGUAUAAAUAGAUUAACUUUUUCAUGUUUAUUUUUAAUUCAAGUAGUACGUAUUCGAGUCGAUUGUUCCCCAACGAGUUUCCCAUCUACACUCAACGCGACCAAAGAUUUGUUUAGUAAGGCUAGUUGUAUUUAACUCUUUAAAUUAGUUUAAAUUUAAUUAAAACCAAUUUAGUACGUAUCCAAACAUUUUAUUAUUGAUAAUUCACAAGACAUCCCACAAUUUUCUCUAGUCACAUUUUAAUGUUUCACACACUCGUGCCAUAAAAGCUCUCUGUACGUUCAAAAAAGUUGCGAAAUAAAC